AGCUUGUCCGAGGCUUUAAAAGACCUGGGCACGUUCACUGAAACGAAGGUAUUUUCCAAACCUAGAGGAUACCAAUUUCCGUUGAGGCACACAUCUAAAGGCAGUUAUCAUGGUCCGGGAAGUGAAGGAUUUAGCAGACUUUGAGUCCAUCCUGAAGGAGGCUGGAAACAAGCUGGUGGUGGUGGACUUCACAGCGACCUGGUGCGGCCCCUGCAAACAAAUUGGCCCAGAGUUUGUUAAACUGUCGGAGCACGCUGAAAACAAGGAGGUGGUUUUCUUGAAAGUGGACGUAGAUGAGGCUGAAGAUGUGAGCAGUCACUGCAAAAUUUCAUGCAUGCCUACAUUCCACUUCUACAAGAACGGCGCGAAGAUUUUCGAGUUCUCUGGAGCCAACCUGGCGACACUGAAGUCCAAACUUCAAGAGCUGAGAUAGACGCUGAAAUCCUGCUGACCAAUC